AUGGCCACCUCUCAAGAAGCUCUUAAAACCAGCGAAAAUGUAAGAAAGCGCAGAGCGCAUCGGAAGUCACGGUUGGGGUGUGCCAAUUGUAAGCUCCGAAGGGUGAAAUGUGAUGAAGGAAUGCCUGAGUGCUGUGAAUGCCAGGCUUAUGGAGUCUGUUGCAACUACGACAUCAGAAUUCCCGAUCUUCAGCCUCGAUACGCAUCAAGCCAGAAGCUCGAUGGCAAAAUACAGGCCUCUACUUCUACGGCCUUAGUGGUGGAUCCCUCAUCUACUGGGGAGUUUAAGCUAGAGUUGGCGGACGGAAAUCUCGGCCGUUUGCAAAGGUUCAAGAUAAGAACAGCGAUGUCGCUGGGACCUCCGGAGUUAAGACACCUUUAUGAGCAUGAGGUCUAUGAGUUGACACUCAAGCAUCCUUUUCUCAUGCAUUUCGUACAAACCGUUACUUCGAUCCAUGACCGGUAUCUAUCACCAAUAUCUGAUCGGCGGACUGUGGAAGAAAUCUAUCACUGGACCAAAGGCGUGACUCUUUUCAACAAAAAGCUCUCCACGCCACUACGCCCAGAUGAUCGCGACGCAGUCUGGGCCGCAGCUUCCAUGCUAGGCGUGAUAACUUUUGCUUCUAUCGAGAAUCAAACCCUCGAGAAAAGUUGGCCGCUUGCCUCCACCCUCAGCGCUGAGCCUGAAUGGCUCAAAAUGGGCCAAGGAAAGUCCAUGCUCUUGUCACUAGCCCAACCAAAUAGAGCUGAUAGUAUUUUUCAUGGACUAUUCUCCACCUUGCGGACAGUUGAAUUGUCGCUAGAGACUGUGCCAUCCAGUUUCAUGAAACUAUAUGAACUGGAUGCGCUCCUUGAAAAAAACAAUCCAUACGCCACUCCUUUGAUCAAUAUAUUUGCCCCACUGAGCAUGGAAUCGCAGUCAUCAUUAAUGUCAUUAUUUUAUGGAUUUAACAAUUGCAUGCAGGAUGCAUUUGGCCGUCUGGUGGUGAAUAAAGACCCCCGCGCCCUUCUCCUUAUGGCAUACUGGUACUCGAAGAUAUGCACGGGGCAGUGGUGGCUUAGAAGGCGGGCUGUGAUUGAGGGUCGGGCAACGUGCACAUACUUAGAGAGAUACUGUGCUCAUGACUCGACAAUUCAGGAUCUUUUGCAGGUGCCUCGCCAAGUUUUGUUCAAUCUUGACUUGUGA